AUGCAGAUCGGGGAGCGACUGGCCCAGCUGCCAGGCCUGCCCCCGUCCCCCUCCUGCAUCGCCGACUGCCCGCUGCCGUGGAUCCAGUGCCCCACCUCCCAAGGCUCCGCAGCCUUCUGCUCCGGGCGCGGCUCCUGCCUGACGCCCACCGGCGCCUGCCUGUGCUUCGAGGGGUACGCGGGCGACGGCUGCCAGCGCUGCGCCUAUGGCUGGUCGCGCCACGCACCCAGCGGGCUGUGCGUCCGCAACAUGGCCGUCUCCAUUGCGCCCCUGACCGCCUCGGAGCCGGAGCCGCUGGUGCGGGCCAUGAGCGACAGCAGCGGCGCCAGCCCCUUCAUCGCCAACUUCUACGCCCGCACUGCGCCCACUCGCCUCACCGGGCGCCAGCUGCUGGCUGGGCCCACCGCCGGUGCUGCCACCGGCCAGCUGUCCUACCUGGCAGCCAGCGAGAUGCUGGCGGCAGAGGGCACGGAGCGCAUGGUGCUGUCCAUUCCCACCUGGCUCAUCGCUGGCGGCGUGGUGUGCGGCAUGGCGACGCUGAUUGUGGCAGCAGUCGCCCUGCUCAUCUCCUCGUUGGCAACGAGCUCGUCCGUCCUGCCGCUCUGA